UCUUUAGUAAAAUGGUUUCUCUCCACUGGUCCUCUAAAUAAUAUUCAUGUAAGCAGUUGAUUCAGCUAUAAAAGAUUUGGAAUUUCUAGCAUCAGAUUCACAGUACUGAAACAAAAAACAAUGAGUGCAUCAAAAACGUUGAGGAAGUUGGAGGUGGUGUCACCAGUACCAGCUGACAUAGACAUUGCUAACUCAGUGGAACCUUUUCACAUAUCUGAGAUUGCUAACGAGCUGAAUCUUAGCCCUAAACAUUAUGAUCUUUAUGGAAAAUACAAGGCCAAGGUAUUAUUGCCUGUGCUUGAUGAGCUUGAAGGAUCAGGAGAUGGGUACUAUGUGGUGGUUGGAGGGAUUACUCCUACACCACUUGGAGAAGGAAAGUCCACUACUACUGUUGGCCUCUGUCAGGCUUUGGGUGCAUUUCUUGAUAAAAAGGUUGCUACCUGCCUUCGUCAACCAUCACAAGGACCGACUUUUGGAAUAAAAGGGGGUGCAGCUGGUGGUGGUUAUAGUCAAGUUAUUCCAAUGGAUGAAUUCAAUCUUCACCUAACAGGAGAUAUUCAUGCAAUAACAGCUGCAAAUAAUCUCCUAGCAGCUGCUAUUGAUACCCGGAUUUUCCACGAGUCUACACAAUCAGACAAGGCUCUUUUAAACCGCUUAUGCCCACCGAACAAAGAAGGAAAACGAAGCUUUAGUGACAUAAUGUUUCGGCGUCUGAAUAGGCUUGGUAUCUCCAAGACCAAGCCUGAGGAACUCACACCACAAGAAGUAAAAAAAUUUGCAAGGCUUGAUAUUGACCCAGCUUCCAUAACAUGGAGGAGAGUAAUGGAUGUAAAUGACAGGUUUUUGAGAAAGAUUACUGUUGGACGAGGUCCUGAAGAAAAAGGGAUGGUGAGAGAAACAGGAUUUGAUAUAUCUGUAGCUAGUGAGAUAAUGGCAGUUUUGGCCCUCACAACAUCUCUAGCUGAUAUGAGAGAGAGGCUUGGUAAAAUGGUGAUUGGCAAUAGCAAGGCCGGGGACCCUGUGACAGCUGAUGAUCUUGGUGUUGGAGGUGCUUUGACUGUACUGAUGAAGGAUGCUAUCAACCCUACUUUAAUGCAGACUCUUGAAGGAACUCCUGUUCUUGUUCAUGCUGGUCCUUUUGCGAACAUUGCUCAUGGAAAUUCUUCCAUCGUGGCCGAUAAGAUUGCACUGAAGCUGGUGGGACCGGGUGGGUUUGUGGUCACAGAAGCAGGUUUUGGUUCUGAUAUUGGAACUGAAAAGUUCAUGAACAUAAAGUGCCGAUACAGCGGUUUGACUCCUCAGUGUGCUGUUAUUGUUGCAACAAUUAGGGCCCUGAAAAUGCAUGGUGGUGGGCCAGAAGUGGUUGCUGGGAAGCCUCUUGACCGUGCCUACACAACUGAGAAUGUGUCUUUGGUUGAAGCCGGUUGUGUGAAUUUAGCUAGGCAUAUUUCUAACACCAAGGCUUAUGGUGUAAAUGUUGUUGUUGCUGUGAACAUGUUUGCAACUGAUUCAGAAGCAGAACUUAAUGCUGUCAGAAAUGCAGCUUUGACUGCUGGGGCAUAUGAUGCUGUUGUCUGUACACACCAUGCUCAUGGUGGGAAAGGAGCUGUGGAACUUGGAAUUGCAGUUCAAAAGGCAUGUGAGAAUGUGACACAGCCAUUAAAGUUUUUAUAUUCCUUGGACAUUAGUAUUAAAGAGAAAAUAGAGGCAAUAGCAAGGUCAUAUGGUGCUAGUGGUGUCGAAUACUCAGAGCAGGCUGAGAAACAAAUUGAGAUGUACAGCAGGCAAGGGUUCUCUGGUCUGCCGAUCUGCAUGGCUAAAACCCAGUAUUCAUUUUCACACCAAGCGUCUGAGAAAGGAGCCCCCACUGGAUUUGUUUUGCCAAUAAGAGAUGUCAGGGCUAGCAUCGGUGCUGGUUUCAUCUAUCCUUUGGUUGGGACUAUGAGUACCAUGCCAGGACUUCCAACAAGGCCUUGCUUUUAUGACAUUGAUCUCGACACUGCAACCGGCAAGGUUAUUGGUCUCUCUUGAUGCCAACUCAACUUUUCAUUUCAUGUGCUUUUGCAUAGGCUUCCCGGGCCUGCCCUGCAGAAUUACAAAGCCAGAGUGUAACUUAUAUAUGAUUUUUUAUGUAACUUGAUACACAAGCAACUGAUUAAAUGAAAAGCUUGUUUUCUUUCUGCUUUUAA